AAAAAGCAAGUGUGUAAUUUGUAAGCUGCCUUUAAACCCACGACUCUGUCCUGACAGCUAACCGGCUAAUCGCGGCUAACACGAGAGCGCGUCGCAUAGCAUGACGUCAUUUUCAGGAGGCCGUUGUGGACCUGUCGAUUGUUGCCUGGAUUGUAACUAAAACAAUGGGGCAAAUCUGCAGAUGCUCUGGUAAAUCGCGCUGCGUGACGUCACCCGGGGUCAAAGGUAGCGUGAGCAGUCGUACAAAUGAUGAACUUUAACGUCACCGGGAGAAACCUACCGGAAGUCCUAACACAACCUUUGCCACACUUUAGGUUGUGCAUCUUUGUGUAGUCCCCAUGAUGUUACGUAACCUCGCUCGCCUUCUGACGUCCUGUACUUGGGAUAGCGCGAGCUUGUUUUUAUUCGGUCUCGGUUUUAGGAAACACCGGAACUCGCGUUCCCUUUGAAGCGGAGUCGCCGCGAUGCGCGUUAAAGAGGAGACGAUGGCCAUCUUAAAGCAGCUUGACGUCGGGAACGAGCUCGCCUCGUCCCUUCCGGUGCUGCCCAGAGCCUCCGUGCUGAUCCCCCUGACCGUGAAGAACGGCCGGCUGUUCACCCUGAUGACGCUGCGCUCACGAGAGCUCCGGACCAGCGCGGGAGAGGUGUGUUUCCCUGGCGGGAAGAGGGACCCCAGCGACGCGGAUGACGUGUACACCGCGCUGCGAGAAGCAGAGGAGGAGAUCGGUCUACCGCCUGCUGAUGUCCUGGUGGUCUGUAGAUUGGUCCCUGUCAUCAAUAAGAGUGGUCUGCUGGUGACCCCGGUGGUCGGCUUCAUAGACGAGUCCUUCAUUCCCCGUCCAAACCCAGCGGAGGUCAGCGCUGUGUUCACCGUCCCCCUGGACUUCUUCACCAGGGACAAGGACCACUCGUCUAGCCACGGCGUUGCUGGGAUGAGGGGGUUUCUGCACUCGUUUUAUUUUGUGGACCCCGAUUCAGGACGCCAGUUCCACAUAUGGGGCCUCACUGCCACGUUCGCCAUACUGGUUGCCGUCCUCGCUCUCAGGACAACGCCCGAGUUUGAUGUCGGUUUUGACCCCGAGGACCCGUUACCCUUCUUCCAACGGAUGCUACUUAGCAGAACUAGUAAACUAUGACCAGCUGUUUUCCUGAGAGUUUAGUCUGUCAUUUACUGCCUUACUUGUGAGAAUACGAAUGUAACGUGUGACUGCAAUAUUUACUUUAAAAGAUGAAUAUAAAGAGCCUAAAAAAUUAAGGGCGGUAUUAAAAGGGAGCAAAACCA